CUACAAGACCGACACCUGUGCCAGCGACUACAAGACAGACACCUGUGCCAGCGACUACAAGACAACCUAUGCCAGAUCUGAAGCCAACGAUCGAGGAGACACCAGCGACUACAGCAACAAAAGAUCUUGAGCCAACGGUCGAGAAGACAACCGCGACAACAGCUACAAAACAUCUCGAGCCAACGGUCGAAGAGUCGACAACGGCGUCAGAAGAUCUCGAGCCAACGGUCGAAGAGUCGACAACGGCGUCAGAAGACCUUGUGCCAACAGUCCUAGAGUCAACUACGACUAUGGAUACAAAAAAAAACAAGAACCAACCAUUCCUGUUUUGUAUGGUUGGCGAUUCCCUGACAGAAGAUUCUUUCCCUCCGGAUGGUUUGUGCAAUGUGCUUAUUUUUGGGACAUUGCUAAUUAAAGUAGGAAAUCAGCAAGCGGCCACAUAUUUCGAAGCUGGCGGACUGAGUUUAGCCUUCGAGCUUUUUCUGAAAGCGUUGGCAAGUGGCACCUACCAAAGAACUGAAACCGGUCUCACAUUUGACAGCACGUAA